CUGGUUCCCCAACACCUGAUGCAGACCUUGUUUGGCUGGGCGACGACUGAGCAUCUUAGUAUCUCUCAUGAACAAACUGACUUGCUCCAGAGAUCUCUUUCUUGUCCUUCUGGCUGGACUCUGAUCAAUAGUCGCUGCUUUCAAUAUGUUCAAAAAAGCAUGACUUGGGCAAGAGCCGAGAGAAACUGUCUGUCCAUGGGGGCAAACCUUGCAUCAGUUCAGGACUUGAACGAGUACAAUCAGAUUCAGAUUAUAAUAACUGCAGCAGGUCACGGGGCCAAACAAGCAUGGAUUGGAGGCACUAAUGCACAGGAGGAGAGCAUUUGGUUGUGGAGCGAUGGAAGCCGUUUCGACUACACACACUGGUGUUCUGGACAGAAUAAUAAAGAUGGAGGCAACCAGCGCUGUUUACAGAUAAACUAUUCAGGUGCAAAGUGCUGGGAUGACCUGGGGUCUAAUCACAAUCUGCCUUCUGUCUGCGCCAAGAAACCCUGAAAACUGUGAGGUUCCCAAAGAGGCCAGAUUUAAAACAGAACCAGUGGAGGGUCAG